AUGUCUAAGUUUUCGCUGAAAGGAAGAGUUGCUCUGGUAACUGGUGGAGCCAGAGGAUGUGGCCUUGCCUUUGCUCAAGGCCUGGCCGAGGCAGGCGCAGACGUGGCCGUCUUCGACGUGAUACCGCCUUCACCAGCUCUAGCACAGCUCACAUCGGACUACGGCAUUCAAACAAAGGCUUACACGAUUGACGUGACGUCGAUCUCUAGCCUCAAGGCUGGUUUUGAAGCCUUUAAGACAGACUUCGGUGGAAGGCUUGACAUCCUUGUUGCCUGCGCAGGGGUGAACAAGAAUGUCGAAUUCAUGGAGACCACCGAGGAAGACUUCGACAGGUUAUUUGGGGUCAACUGCAAGGGUGUCUACUUUACUGCACAGCUUGCGGCGAAACAGAUGAUCGAGAAUCAGACCAAGUGUGGUAGCAUCAUCCUCGUCGCCAGCAUGGCGUCAUACAUUGCGAUCCGUUCUCAGCGCUCGAGUGCCUACUGCGGGACCAAGGGUGCGGUGAAGGCCAUGGUGGCACCGAUGGCUGCUGAGAUGAACAAGUACGGGAUCCGGGUGAAUUCAGUGAGCCCAGGUUUUGUUAGAACUGAGAUGACAUCCCCAUUCCCGCACUUAUUGGAGAGUUGGAAAGAUGAGAUCAUGCUUGGUCGUGUUGCAGAGCCCGAUGAUAUCAAAGGAGCAUGUGUGUUUUUGGCAAGCGACGCCAGUAAAUACUGCACUGGUACCGACAUCGUGGUAGACGGGGGAGUGACUAAGUGGUGAAUAUUCAGGACUAGUCCUGCAGGAUCUGGUCCAGAUUGAUCUUGAGCGCUUACUACUCUAUGAAG